CUAAACCCGCAGGCUUCCCGGGAGGAUCAGGAAGCUAUCCCGCGGAUCUGCUUCGCCUAGAACAGGGGUUCGGCCACGGCCGGGCUACAGGGUGCGCCGGUGCAGUGUCCCCCGUCCCGCGACAGCUCACUCUCUUGCGGGGUUUGGGGCGUUGGACCGCUUCACUGCGUUCUACUCCUACCCCUGCAUUGGCGACGAUUCAGUCGCCGAGAGCCUUAGAGGGAGGGAAAACACUUUGUGUUUUCCAGGUCGCUGUUGCAGGCUCUGGCAUUGCUAACCUGUUCUUCCAUUCGGUGGAGGCUAAGUUAUAGGAGAGCUAGCCUGCGGCGGGGGCGCCUGUGGGGUUGGGGUACUGGGCUUCUCACCUCUCCACCUCACCGGGGCCGAAGCCCGGCGGGCGAGCAGAGGGUAGAGUGCCAAGCGGAGGGAGUCCCCGCCUCUGCCCGGUGUGGACAGUCUAGCCCGGUGCGGGUGGGAGCGUCGCCCAGCCUGGCGCCGCGUCUCUGCGGUUCGGAAGUGCAGCUUUCUCUUUUUUUCCGUUCUUCGUGGUCGGCCUAGGUCACGCUUUUUUUUUUUUUUAAAUAUAUUUGGACACUUAGGCUGACCUAGACAGGAAGAGAGUUAUCAAGUGGUCGCGGUCGGUUUCCAUUACCUGAAAGUAGGUGGCAAAAUAAAAAGGCUAGUUCCCCCCUCCCUCUUUUGUGUUACUGUUUUUAAGAUUUGGAGUCUUAACGCCUUUUUUACAAAGGGGUUUCUGUGUCGGUUUGCCCCACCCUAGUGCUGAAGUCCUUUCCCCCUAAUCCUUAGUCUGAUCACACACUGUUCUUAAUGGGGGUUUCAAAGCACUCUCAAAGGGGGAGGGAGAGGAACUGGGAGAGCGCAGAAGGGUGGAAGGGGGGCGCCUGCGAUGGAGGCGGCCAGGGAUCUGUAGAAAUCACUUUUUUUUUCUUCCGAAGAUGCUACUUUCCCUAGCAAUCAGGUCCUCACGGAAAGUUUCCAGUCCGGGGGCUCAGAGUUCUGCAUGCCUGGCGUGUGCAGUCUGGCUCUGGAUAAAGCUAUUUUUCUUUCGUUUUAAGAAUCAUGUCUUAUUCCUGAUCUAAAAAGAGGAGUUCAGAUGUGUUCUAAGCCUGCUGGAGUGAACACACCGCCAAGAUCUGAUGGAGGCCAGAGCUCAGAGCGGCAGCGGGUCGCAGCCUUUGCUGCAGUCACCCCAUGACAGUGGCAGGCAGCGUGGGGAGCCGGACCCCAGAGAUGCCCUUACCCAGCAGGUACAUGUCUUGUCUCUGGAUCAGAUCAGAGCCAUCCGAAACACCAAUGAGUACACAGAGGGGCCUACUGUGGUCCCAAGACCUGGGCUCAAGCCUGCUCCUCGCCCCUCCACCCAGCACAAACAUGAAAGACUCCACGGUCUGCCCGAGCACCGCCAGCCUCCCAGGCUCCAGCCCACGCAGGUCCAUUCUUCCCGGGCCGCUCUGUCCAGGUCCGUCAGCACCGUCAGCUCAGGGUCUCGGAGCAGUACAAGGACAAGUACCAGCAGCAGCUCUUCGGAACAGAGACUGUUAGGAUCAUCCUUCUCCCCUGGGCCUGCUGUUGAUGGGAUAAUCCGAGUGCAGCCUAAAUCUGAGCUCAAAUCCGGUGAGCUUAAGCCACUGAGCAGAGACGAUUUGGGUCUGCAUGCAUACAGGUGUGAGGACUGUGGCAAGUGCAAGUGUAAGGAGUGCACCUACCCGAGGCCCCUGCCAUCGGACUGGAUCUGUGACAAGCAGUGCCUUUGCUCAGCCCAGAACGUCAUUGACUAUGGGACUUGUGUGUGCUGUGUGAAAGGUCUCUUCUAUCACUGCUCCAAUGACGACGAGGACAAUUGUGCUGACAACCCGUGUUCUUGCAGCCAGUCUCACUGUUGUACGCGAUGGUCAGCGAUGGGUGUCAUGUCCCUCUUUCUGCCUUGUUUAUGGUGUUACCUUCCAGCCAAGGGUUGCCUUAAAUUGUGCCAGGGGUGUUAUGACCGAGUGAACAGGCCUGGAUGUCGUUGUAAAAACUCAAAUACAGUUUGCUGCAAAGUUCCCACUGUCCCCCCAAGGAACUUUGAAAAGCCGACAUAGCGUUAUUAAUCAGGAAUACUGCAGUAAUGAGGAUUGUUGCCCCACCCCCACCCCCUUCUUUUUAACACACAUACACAACCUACUAAACAGUUGUAAUCGUGGCACUGUUCAUAGAGGGUUAGGGAAUUUGUGGUUUGCAGUGAGAUGCUUUUCUUUCUUUUUUCCUUUUUUUUUUUCCUCUGUCCAUGUGCCAUUUUUUAACUGAUACGCUUGCUAGAGAGUUCAGCUAGUCGGAACGCCAGGGAAAGGCGACAGAAGUUGGUGGCCCCACGUUAUUGCAUAAGCUAAAGCAGCAAACACCCCCAGGCGAAGUUUUCUCUUGUUUGUGAAUAGCCCUUGCAGAGUUUGUAAAUCAGCAGAUGGCUCCCCGACCCCUCCUUGUUUUCUCCAGAGAUAAUGUGCUAUAUUUUUGUAUAUACGAUAAUAUUUGCAACUGUGAAAAAAAACCAAGUUGUGCUAUACUCCCGUGGCACAGUCACAAAAUAUUAUACUAAUAUGCUGUACAUUCGGAAGAAUGUGACGAUCGGUAUGUUUUAGAUUGUAUUUUGCCUUACAGGAAGCCUUUAUUGUAAGACGCUGACUUCCCUUUGGACUUGAUGUAUAUUGUACAGUUACAGUAAAAUUCAACCUUUAUUUUCUAAUUUUUUCAACAUAUUGUUUAGUGUAAAGAAUAUUUAUUUGAAGUUUUAUUAUUUUAUAAAAAAAGAAUAUUUAUUUUAAGAGGCAUCAUAAAUUUUGCCCCUUUUAUGAGGAUGUGAGGGUUGCUGCAAAGGAGAGGUUACAGAUGCUAUGUUCAAUAUAAAAUAGAAAAUAUAUUAACGUUUGAAAUUAAA